AUUCCAUUUAAAGGCAGUAUGGGUUAAAGCAUAAGACAACGCGAGCACUGAAUUAGUGACAUCAUGUCAAAUUCACACCAAGAAACGACUGGCUAUACACCAUCAAUGUGUAUGGUUUAACACCAGUCAGUGUGGUCCUAAAGAAUCACGCCGAUGUUGCAUUCAACACCGUCGUGGUGUUAUCUAACACUACACUGGUCCAUUUGCAAUAGUCAUUGAUAUUAUCUUUUUUUUUCACCGUCUGACCCCUUCUGAAAUGCAGUGCAGUGUUAGGGACUAGAAGGGGCUGACGACGGAAGUUUGUCAGUCGUCUCCAUGAUGAGUAGCUAACUGGGAGUUAUAGGAGCACCGCGUUGGAACAGCUUUGUAUUCAUGUCCCAUUCAUGUCCGCUAGACGGUUGAAAUUAGAGUGGUGGUCAACGAUCGUUGUCUACAUCCUCAUCACUCCAUGUCAUAAAAUCACCAAAAUGACCACCGAAGUGAUGAAAUUGAACACAACGACAGUUGCAAUGAAUCAAUCAUGUUUGAACGCCUGGGUAACCGUGGUUGACCACGAGGACUGUGCUUUUAUUGGCAAUAUCACCUUGGCAUUCAUCGUCAUAAGCAUCAUCCUCAUCAUCUUCGGUCUCUUCAGCAACAUCCUCCUCGUCGUCAUUAUCCUUAGCAACGGUAACAAAUUGAGGACCAUACCAAACAUUUAUAUUGGUCACAUGGCGGUUCUUAGUAUCCUUUACCUCGUCAUCGUCAGCGGUGGUAAUCUUCUUACAUUCGGCCAGGUUACCUUUCAGUUCGAGAUCAGUGACUCUGUCGUCAAGGCCAUAUUUUUCAUCCAAGUUUUUAUAUCUGUAGCUUCUUUUUCGAUACUGGUACUUCUCGGAUUCGAUCGAUACCUGUCAAUCGUUUAUCCACUCCGAUCGCGACCCUAUCGAACAAAGACGGGGGCAAUUAUUGUCAACUGUCUGGUAUGGAUUGUUGCAGUGCUGUGCAUAGUUCCCCUGUUAAUAGGCCAUGUUGAGGGGGGUGUCAAGAAUAUCUUCGGAAAUUACCUCGUCCAGAGAAACAGAAACGCGAUGAUCACAUAUACAGUAAUCGCAUUCAUAACUCCUGGAAUAGCUCUUACAAUUAUGUACGUCGCUAUUCUAAAGACCAUUUGGUUUAACCCAGCAGCCAAGCAUUUACACGGGGAAGAGCAAGAAAAAAGAUGGAAGCAGCGAAUUCGGGUAUUCAGAUCAAUCUUCAGAGUGGUCUUUGCCUUUGUAUUGCUUUAUGGCUACUUCUUCGCGGUUUUUCUAUGGAUCGCGGUAGGUGGGCAUACGCAAGUGAGCGCUGGUGUGAGCAAUCUACUGUUGUACUCUUCACUAUUAGUAGUUUAUCUGAACUGUGGAAUAAAUCCUCUAAUCUACGCGCUCACCCAACAAGAUUUAAGACCUUAUGUGUACAAGCUACUCUGCCCGAAGAAGUGCAAUAUGAGGAAAUCAGAAAAGGACGCUCUCUACACGACCCAACAAAAAGAUAGAGGGAGCAAGGAUCAUGCUGCACCGCAUGACAACCGCGUAGCCAGGAUUUCAUUUUGGAGGGGGCGGUAAAUGCACGCGAAGCGUGCCAACACUUACAGAGCGCGCGAAGCGCGCUCCCUAGGGGGUGGGUGCAGGGAGGGGGAGUUUCCCCAACCGUCGCGCGAAGCGCGACGGUUUUGGUGUUUCAUAAAUUAAAAUGAAAAGGAGCCGUCUCUCUUGUCUCUAGUACCUAUAUCAGCUCCAAUUCUGUUGACUAUAUUGUGAUUUUGAACCUUGUUUUCAUGAACCUUGUUUUCAAAAGUGAUUGUGAACGCACAAAAAAGGAAUACAAUGGAGGAAAUUAAAAUAAUAAUAACCCCGCGCGGAAGCUGAAGCGUUUUAUCAAUUUUUUUGCCACAAAAAGGAUCCCGAGAAAAGGGUAUUCUCAAAGAUAUAUUGAAUACUUCUCUUGGAAAGAUCAGAUUUGAUUACAAACAAUUUAGCGACAGUGCAUAUCUUUAACUCGCAAAACAGAGGAAAUGAAGUGUAUAUGCCGGGAGGAAGAUAUUCCUCCCCGCGCAGAGCAAUGAAACUCUGAAAUUUCAAAGGGCGGACGUUUCAUCAAAUGCAGAUGUCUCUAAUACCCCCAUCGGCUCUAAUUCUAAGAUUUUUUAACUUCAUUACAAGGAAAAUAGUGCGCAAAAAGUUGAAACUUAUGUAAUUUAUUGAAAUUAUAUAAAAAAGGAUGCCUAAUUUCUUUGACUUAUCCUGAAGCGCUUCAUUUUGAAUUAUAAAGAAACUUAAGUGUCAUUCAAAAUUUCAACUGAGGGCGCAAAACAGGACAGGAGAUGAAUGUGCUGGGAAAUAACAUGAAGUUUAAUAGAAUUUGAUAAAAAAUAUUGCACUUUUUUAUUUAAUACGACACGAAUUUUAUACCUUCCUCUUUUUAAAUUAGGAACCUGUUUGCCCCCAAAUUAUGGUUGUUUAGUAAUGAGCUGAAAAGCGGGAGAAGUUGACUUAAUGGAGGUGACGGCAGAAAUUUAUAUAAAGAUUUUACCCGCCCGGAGCCGACCCGACCAGAAGUUGCGCGAGCAAUAAAAAAAAGAUAACUUCAUAUACUUCGACCUAACCUUACUCUAAUUCCAUGCCCUAAUGUAUACAUUUGAACUUUAACUGGCAAGAAACACAUAUAGCUGAGGUGGAAAAACAGGGUUAGAGAAAGGGUGGGGGAGACAAUGGAGAACUUCAAUAUUGUCAUUUAACCGCGCGCAGCGCGGAAGCAAACUUCAUAUAUAAAUUUAGAGCAAGAGUGAAGGAGUUUCUCUUUUGAG